CCCGUUUAUCUUUUUCUUGGUUAUGGUCCGAUGCUCGCCUCCUUCGCUGCUUUCUUUAUCCUCCUUUCGCCUCUGCCGCCAGCUUUCCUUCGACUCUUUUCGCUUCAUACCCAUACAUACCUUCUUCCCUUUGAACGUUGUCAUCUUGGCAGGGCACCCAAUCCACCGUCCAUUCCUCAACUCAUGCGCUUCAUAGCUUCGUAAUAAGAAAGUGCCCUCCAAAGACUUCACUCCAGUCAGACUUGGACCUGAAUACUCCCCUUUGUUCCAUCCUCUACAACAGCUCAACGGUCUCACUUCUCCACAUAUAUCCUAAUUAACGGCAAUCUCUU